AUGGGGGUCGUCCUUACUCCUCCGCGUGGAGUACCUUCUGCAAGGGAGGAGUUCGCAUUGGUGACGUCAAUGAGGAAGUGGAGGAGGAGGAGAGAUGGAGUGCUAGAAGUGACGUGUGACUGGUCGAGCGCGUCUCUCGUCGCCACGAUUGAACGACCGUCGACAAGCAGAUCCACGCUGCCGUCUGCACGAGAGGACGAGGUGGGAGGCAGUACGGUGGUAGCCGAGGGUGUAGUAGGCGGCAUAAAGGGCCCAGGCGGCGGGUGCCGCGCAUCCUCGAUGACGAUGGCCGAGAGCGCCGUGGAGGACGCUGCAGCCGCGCCCCCCGGUCCGGCCAAGCCGCCACCGCCCUCCUAUACGAACAACAACACUCUUGCGGCGACCGCGAACCGAAAUCAUCGGAACUUCCGCAGACGGAAGAGGCUGGACCAGGUGCUGGACAUUCUGCAGCAUCGUAGUUCACCGUCGGAAGGCGAAGUAUUGAGGUUCGAGGGUAGCGCGCCAGCGUCCGAGGAAGAAGAUGUGGUCGGUUCACCGAGGUUAUCGUCGAGAUCCGCUGGUGAUCCAACGCCCGGUAUCAGUUUGCUACCACUGAGGUUGAAGAGCGAGGAGCCCGUGACGCCCACCGACGAGGACGGGAACACGAACGACGCCGAUCAACAGCAGAAUCAUCAUCCGCAUCAUCCGCACCAUUACCCCCAUCAUCAUCGUCACCGGCACAGGCCGAAUCACCGGAACAACACGAAUCACCCGUACGAUCAUAAUCCUCAUCCGCCUCAUCAGAGAUCGUCCGCGCCCCCGAAAUAUACCACCGGGUGCAGCUGCGUCCAGUGCUCUCAGUCGGGAACCCCGCCGAUGGUGCUACCUUCGCCAACCUCACCGUUGGUCCCGCUCACACCCCUCACACCGCUCAGUAUGCCGCCGUUCAACAUGCCAGCGCUGACGCCUGGUUCUCUGUCGUCGUACAGUUUCGAGCACUAUAUGCACACCAAGUACCUGCCGGAUAUCUUCCGUGGCCGGAGCCACUCGGACUCUGAUCUGGUGCCGCCUGGAUGGGACCAAAAACCGGUGCUCUCGAGCUCCUCUUCGUCGUCGGUGCUCGUGAACUAUCCGAUGAAGAGUGGUUACUUCGAGGGCGAGACGACGAGCCCCCAGGAAUCGCCGUUGGAUCUAUCUAUGAAGAGCCUGAUGGCGUCAGCGGCCGCGGCGGCUGCAUCUGGACGACCACCGGCUCUUCAGCUACUACCGCCUGGGAUCCUGUCGAGGGGCUCGAUCAGCGUACCGGUGGUAAAAGGCGACGUAGCAUCCCCUACGACCAAGGAAAGUGCUGCGUCCAGGUUCAACAUCGUGGUCUCGCCUGUGGUCGAGCAAAUGCCGCCUGGCGCGGACGUCGCUUACGUAUGCCCUGUCUGCGGUCAAAUGUUCAGCCUGCACGACCGUCUGGCGAAGCACAUGGCUUCCAGGCAUCGCAGACAGGGUCCCCAAGACGCGUCGGCGAAGGCGUACCUCUGCGACGUGUGCAAAAGAAGCUUCGCCCGGUCCGAUAUGCUCACCAGACACAUGAGGCUGCACACGGGUGUAAAACCGUACACGUGCAAUUCCUGCGGCCAGGUAUUCAGCAGGUCCGAUCACCUGAGCACCCAUCAGAGAACGCACACCGGUGAGAAACCGUACAAAUGCCCGCAGUGCGCUUACGCAGCGUGCCGUCGGGAUAUGAUCACCAGGCACCUGAGGACCCACGCGAGAUUCCCGGACGUGCAGACGCCGAAGAGCGAGUUUCCGGAUCUGCAGACGCCCAAGAACGAGUUCCCGGACGCGCAGACCCCGAAGAGCGAACCUGGACUGCUUGCUGACGAGGCGAGCCCAGUGUUCGGGCAGGAAAUGGCCUCGCCAUCCGCUGCGAUCAAGGCCGAAUGA